AUGAAAGGAGUUUUGCGAUUUGGUAAGAAGGGGAAACUAAGUCCAAGAUUCAUUGGACCAUUUGAAAUUUUAGAAAGGGUCGGACCAGUAGCGUAUCGCUUGGCACUUCCACCGGAUCUCUCGGGAGUUCAUCCAGUUUUUCAUAUUUCGAUGCUUCGAAAGUAUCUUCAUGACCCUUUUCGUGUGAUUAAGCAUGUAGACGUACAAUUAGAUGUUGAACAUCCAGUAGCUAUAUUAGAUCGCCAAGUGAGACGUUUACGCUCAAAGGAUAUCGUUUCAGUAAAAGUUCUUUGGUGUGGUCCAUCCGGCAAAGAAACUACUUGGGAACCCGAAGAAGUCAUCUGUGCACCUAAUUACCUCGUUGUGAUUAGGGAGAGUUACCCUUUAGAUGGAGCCGCCCCUAUGAGAAAUAUUGUCCGUAGGAGGAAAGGGAUAUCAACGAGAUAUUCGCAGGCAGCUGAGUAG